AUGGAGGACAGCGGUUCUUAUGUCGACCCAAAUGAGGCUAGUGAUGAUGAGGAUGACGAUGCCGAGUUUGAUAUGGGCCCAUCGUACAAACCGCUGUAUGCUGCGAACUCGCAAACUCUGGUCUCAACACGCGAGGGACAGCUCGGCGGCAGCGACGAGUCAUCCGAGCCGUACACCCGGAGAAACAAGCAUCCCGGCGGCGACAAGUUCAGCCUAUCGGACGACCUGAAGGCGAGCCUACCGAAGGUCGACAAAGCAGGGCUAUCAGCUUUGCGGUCUUUCGUCAACGGCAAGGGCCAGGCUCUACCAUUCACGUUCUUCGAGAAGACAUUCCCGAAGGAGGCGCAGGACAUCGUCCUGAACGAGGAAGAAGGUGGUUCGUGGCUUGCAGGAGGUUCCGACGAAGGAAAUGACGGAUCUCGAGAGUACGCCUUCGAGCGCAAGCACCUGUACAGCGUGAUGGGUAUCCUCAUCACCGCCGGACUGACCAAGAAGCCGAGGAUCAUCGAUCACUGGGCCGUCGGAGCCCACGACAACUACCCCCUGGUCCGGGCCUGCAUGCCUCGAGACCUCCAUCCUGUUCUACGGCCGCUUCUUCCACUUGGCACCUCCCACCGGCAAGCUCAAGAAGGAUGAUCCCCAGUACGACAGCAAACACCACAUCAGGUAUGCCCCAUAGAAAAACACGCACGCCAACAGACUGCAAUUGUAGGUACGGUGGAUGGGCAUGUUAUACUUUCGUUUAGAGGAUAUUUUAUUUUAUUUUCAGUUUUGGGGACCAAUAUGGGGUGAUGUUUGCCCUUGGCGCUGUGUCGUCUCCUUCGCCCUCUCAGCAGAAUGGCCUAAAUAUUGCUGAAUAGAAAUUGGUCGAAUACGAACCGUUUGGGUCCACUGGAAGCUGCUUUGGAACAGAGUGUGUGUCGUAAUCGGAACACGAAACAUCCGUAUCGGUGUCGGUCUUUUUAUUCGCUCAGGUU